AUGGUUUUGAGAUACGUAGAUGCACAUGGACUUCUUAAGGAGAGAUUUAUUGGUGUAGUUCAUGUGAUGAAGACAUCAUCAUUAACUCUUAAAUAUGCCAUCGAUUAUCUAUUUACUAAGGAUGGAUUGAGUUUGAAUCAGGUAAGGGGUCAAGGUUAUGAUGGAGCGAGCAAUAUCCGAUGGGAGUUUAGUAAUUUGAAAGCUUUAAUCUUGAAAGAGAACAACUCUGCAUAUUAUCUGCAUUGUUUUGCCCACCAACUUCAUUUGCGCUUCUUACAAAUGAAAAGAUAUGACAAGACUAGAGAUAAAAUACAAGAAGCUAUUUGUAAAGGUGAAAUUGAAACUGGAAGAGGAUUAAAUCAAGAACUCUCUCGUAUUCGUGCAGAAGAUACACGUUGGGAUUCUCACCACAGAAUAUCAGAAGGUUUGAAAGUAGUUGCAGUGCUUAAAUAUGUUAAGGAGUAUGGCGAUAAUAGUUUAAGCCGGGGUCAAGCAGAUGGCUUUCUAAAAUAUUUUUAG